AUGAAAGGUCCGUCACCACCCGAAGCGAUUCAGGGCCGUCGUUUUUCUCAGGCGUCCGACGUAUGGAGUUGGGGUGUGACGGUGUGGGAGGUGUGGAGUGGGGGAGCGGAGCCCUGGUCCGGUCUCUCCUCUGACGCUGUACUGGCUGAACUUAGGGCUGGGCACCGGUUGGCCUGGCCUCGGACCACCUGCCCUCGACGACUUUACCAACUCUUGUUGGCUACAUGGCGCUAUAGUCCGGUGCAUCGGCCAUCAUUUGAGUAUCUAGUGGAGCGACUAGAUAAGGUUUGUUCGGAUGCAAAUCGCUUGAAACAACCUGAACUGCUCUACUACGAUAUAUUGUUUUAG